AUGGAUAGCAAGCCAUCGAACCUAAAGAUCCUGCAAAUCAAUUUGCAGAGGGCAAAAGCUGCCUCCUCUGAAGCUCUGCAUAUGGCAUUAAGCAAGGAUGUAGACCUGUUGGUGAUCCAGGAACCAUAUGUGGUAAAUGAGAAGGUGGCUAUGCUCGGAUCUGGUAAGGUACUAACAACUAAAUGCAGUGAUCAUAGAAUAAAAACUGGUAUCGUGGUAUACAAUAAAGGUCUCACCGUGCAACUGAUAACUCAACACUCCACCAGUUACUUCACUACUGUUAGGGUCGAGACCCCUAGAGACUCGUUGUAUGUGAUAUCAUUUUACUGUUCCCCUGAUGAGGACCUCGGGCCCCCCCUGGAAAUGCUAGGAAAGUCUAUGGACUGUUUAAGUCACAACUCCGUGCUCAUUCUUGGUGAUUUUAACGCUAAAUCACAUCUCUGGCACAGCCCGGUGGAAGAUCCUAGGGGCUUCCGGCUGUGCGAAUUUAUGGCCAUGUUCAACCUAACCUCGCUGAACGAGAGUCCAUUGCCCACUUACUCCACCGCUAGGGGGGAAAGCUGGGUGGAUGUUUGCCUGGGUAACCCCACGAUUCUCAAUCAGGACAUCUACUGUAGUACAGUGGACCACUGCUCUGCCAGUGACCACAAUUAUAUUGAGACUAUCAUCAAGGACAAUAAGAUUCCACAUCUGCCUCGCCGNUUUUCACCACAUCAGAGUGGAUUUCGUAGGAACAGAAGUACCACGGACAAUUUAGUAAAACUUGAAACAUCCAUACGCGAAGCGUUUGUUAGACGACAGCACUUAGUGUCUGUUUUCUUUGAUAUAGAAAAGGCCUACGAUCGCUGCUGGCGUUACGGAAUACUUUGUUAUUUACAUGAAUUCGGACUGCGGGGUAAUUUGCCAGUUUUUAUAAAAAGCUUCCUGCAGAAUCGCAGAUUCCAAGUUAGGAUGGGCAACACACUAUCUAGAUCUUUUGUGCAAGAAGAAGGUGUUCAUCAAGGAUGUAUUUUGAGUGUGACUCUGUUUCUAAUUAAAAUUAAUAGCAUAGCUAACUAUCUUCCCCCUAGUGUGAAACACUCUCUGUAUGUGGAUGACUUUCAGAUCUCUUGCCAGUCUAGCAACAUGAGUUUCAUUGAGAGACAACUGCAAACCUCCCUAAAUCGCAUAGACCAUUGGUCCAAUACCAAUGGUUUUAGUUUUAACACUGAGAAGACCUCGUGUACCCACUUCUGCCGAAGGUGUGGGUUGCACUUGGAUCCUGAAAUUUACUUAAAUGGGGUCAAAAUCCUAAUGGUGAAUGAGGCAAAAUUUUUGGGUGUUUUGUUUGACCAUAAACUAACGUUUUUGCCGCACUUGCGCAAUUUGAAGAGUAGAUGUUUAAAAUCUAUGAACCUUUUAAAGGUACUGUGCUGCUCAUCCUGGGGAGCAGACAAAUGUUCUAUGCUCAGGAUUUAUAGGGCCCUUGUCCGCUCAAAGCUGGACUACGGAUGCAUUGUUUAUGGGUCAGCGCGAGAAUCUACUCUUCGGAUGCUGGAUCCAAUCCACCAUCAAGCACUACGUUUGUGCACUGGUGCUUUUCGAACUUCUCCUGUACGAAGUAUGUAUGUGGAUGCUUAUGAGCCACCACUAUCUCUUAGGAGAGAACAGUUGUCUCUAUUUUAUUAUAUAAAACAAAAGUCCUUUAGUAAACCUUCAGUUGAUUGUACAGUAUUAGAUACUCAGCUGAAAAGAUUAUUUGAAGCUCGCCCAAGUAGUGUCCCUUUAUUCGCCAUAAGAAUGGAGAAUGUGAGCAGCACGAUUGACCUGGAUACAGGCAACAUUUCACAGCUAGAGGUCUGUAGUGUAUCACCUUGGUCAACUCCUGUGAUAAAUGUUGACCUUAGCCUAAAGCAAUUUCCUAAGGAAUCCACACCUGACUACGUCUAUAGACAGCACUUUGCAGAAAUUCAACAUAGUAACAGGAAUUUAAUUCCUAUUUAUACAGAUGGAUCUAAAUCUGAUGAUUACGUUGGCUCAGCUUUCGUCUGCCAGGAUGAAAUCGUGGCAGAACAAAUUGCAUUGAAUUCUUCCAUCUUUUCUGCAGAGUUGCAUGCUAUUUAUUUAGCCUUAAAGCAUGUAAAUAGGAAAGGUCAUCGUUGCUGUGUGAUCUACACCGACUCUGUUAGUGCACUUCAGGCUUUGAUCUCGUGCGAACCUAGUUCUCACUCUAUAGUGAUUAAAAUUCAUAAUCUUAUUUGCCAUCUUUUUACGAGGAAUCUCUCUAUAAAAUUUUGUUGGGUACCUGGGCAUGUUGGCAUAAGAGGGAACGAAGAAGCUGAUGCAGCUGCAAAGGCAGCUAGUCCUUCACAGCAUGAAAUGUGUCUCGAAGGAAGUGACUUGAAGCUAGUAGUUAAAAAACGACUAGCGGAGAGAUGGCAAAACAUGUGGAAUGCACAAAUCCACAAUAAACUACACGAGAUCAAGCCAAAUAUAGAAAAUUGGACACGUAACAAACAUUAUGACAGGAGAUUUGAAGUAAUUCUUACUCGUUUGAGAAUUGGGCAUACUCGGUUGACUCAUUUAUACCUUUUGAAGGGUGAAGACCAGCCAGUAUGUGAGUAUUGCAACUGCACCCUAAGUGUAAAACACAUGCUGUGCAAUUGCUCUGCUUUCAAGACAAGGCAUAGACAAUAUUUCGGAAAUGCUUGUCUGACAGAAAUCCUUAGCCAAAGGCCAAAUGUCAAUAAUUUACUAGACUUUCUGAAAGUCACUAAUAUUUAUAAACAAAUUUGAAUAUUUAUUUAUUUACCUAUUUAUUUAUCUAUACUUUUGUAUACCUUGUUUUUAUUUAUUGUUACUGUUGUAUAUGUUUGUUAUUGUUAUUUGUUAUUAAUUUUUAAUAUAUGUAUAUAUGACCUUUUUAACUUUACCAUUUGGCAUGGCGCAGCAUAGCCUAUAUGGCUUUUGUGCCAAAAAACCUUAACAAACCAACCAACCAACCGACAUACAUUGGGCCGAUUUACUAGAUUUUGUACGAUUAUAAUGUAAAAGAUUUUUAGCAGGGAAAGUCAGGAAAUUGUCUGUCGAUCACGCUCCUUUUUUGAUGCGAAUAUGUAUUUAAUUAACUUUUUACAAUCAGUUGAUGCUGUGGUGGAUGAUAAAGAACUGUCAUUCGCUUUAACGUUAUUGUGUACGGGACAUUUUGGACCGCUUGGAGGACAUGAUGCAAUUCAUGUGUUUCAAUUCGUUGUAUUCUUCGUUGUCGGCCACACGCGAUAUGUAGAGGUGACAAUUCUACCAAUUAAUUCAACUAAUUGCAAAUUUUCAUUUUUAGAUGGCCUGCGGAAUUUAGGAAGUUGAUAUUUUUCGGAAGUUUAGCAAAAUAUGGCUAUAGAGUUUUCAAAAACACCCACUUUUUCGCCAAAACUACGUCGCUUCCAUUGUAAGUUUCAGGAAGGGAUGGGAAGAAAUAUAAUGACCUGGAAUGGGUCUGGGCUGUACCAAAAAAUAAGACGCGAUAAGUGAUUUCUUCUGUUUAAAUGUUUUGAAUUUCCCACCUUUUUAAUUUGAUUUUACGAUACAACUCGAGACUUUUUUUUUAUUUAAAGAAAAUUUACGAAUUAAUGUAAACAAAAUCGUGAAUUUAUUAUACUGUUUGAGGCAGAAAUAAAGUAUUUUGUUUACAUUAAAAAAUUAUAUAAUUAUAUGCACAAUGGAAUUAGAGUUGGCAGAAUAUUUUUUAAUGAAAAGGGGAUAUGCAUAGACGUUAAUUGAUCAGGAAAAAUCGGGGAAUCAGAUGGAAUAAUUAUACAGUCCCGGAAUGUACUGGUAUGGCUUGAAUUAGGGAGCCUCCUGUAGUGUUUUAACUUCAAAGGGUAUUUAUUUCGGUACUUAUUCAGUUUGAAAGGUUUUCUUCCAUAAAAUUAAUCGAUUCUACACUAAUUUUACUCGAACAUUUCCAAAAUACGUAGAAUUUUGUGGGGAUGAUCUAUAUACAAUAUACUAUAAAAUAGAACUAUUUACCAAUUGUGCCCCGUUCGAGACGCCAUUGCUUAAGCUUGUUUUUGUUGCGGAGCGGCACAUUGGCGUACAAAGCUUGUCACGUGACAUUGUUUGAUGCCAUUCGGUCACGUGACUACUACUCGCCUCGUUGCUCGGGCAAAAAGUAACGAUAGUACGUACAGGCCACGGAGUCUCUCACUGUUCUUACUUUUUUGGUCAUCUUCACGUGCUUAAUUAGGAAGAUGUGGGACCAAUUAAAAAUACUUUUAAAGCCAGACAAUCUGUUGAAUUAUCGAACUACCGGACUAGAAUUUUCUGGAAGAAAAUACUCAGUCCCGAGCGGGACACAAAACCGCAAUAGCCGCUCAGUGUUGUUAAGUUUUAGGAAACAAAAAUCUCUUUCACGUACAGACCUGGAAAGUCAGGGAAUUACAUAAACUCGGCAGUUAUGUUGAAAUUCUUCUAAUGUAGAUUUUGUUGUACAUCACGUCCCAAAUUAUUGAGUGCAUUUCUAUAUAUAUAUAUAUCGAUUAAUUUCUGUUUAUAUUUCAUUGUUGGCUUUACAUAUAGAGGCAUCUAUUGGAAAAAAUUUAACAAAAUAAUGAACUAAAUGUAAUUCUUAAGAUACACUGAAUCACUGCAACAAUGAUAUAGAGCGAAAUAGAUGCACCAUUACGCCUUUACUGCGAUAGGUAGCACAUAGCACUUGCCUACGUGAAGUGUAGUAAUGUUUUAUCCCUGUACAUCAUGUGUUAUCAAUAGAAUUGUGCCAGUUAUGUAUCAAACUCUGGCCAGAGGAAAUAUAUUUGAAUUGAAAUAACGUAACUCUUGGUAAAAGUUGGAAGUUGAUUUAUAGUUUAUCUUGUUUUUUUUCUCUUACGAUUUCCACACCUAUCUCGAUUUUCAUCUAUCUCUCUCCAUUCUCGAGAUUAAGGAAGAACAGACCGUCAGACGGACGACAGUGGGAAUUUAUGCCUACAAUUUUAUGGGAUCACAUAAAAACAAUUAUUCUUGCAUUAGUGUGGAAUAGUUAUGGUGAAUAUAUAUGGUGUUAAAGUUAAAAAUUAAGAAAACUUAAUACAAUGUCGGCGUAUACUUGUCGAAAAGCCUAAUCAAAAUAUAGUAGUUGUAUUUGGUUGGAAAGGGCUUUUUAAGAGCAAUCCAGUGAUACCCAUAAAACACCAUAUGAUAGAGUGAAGCGGUGCCGGGAACGUAAAAAUAUUACUUGUUAACGUACAUGUAUUUACGUAAAACACACGGCCGUAUCCCGACACUGCCACACCCCCUCUUUUUUUAUUUUAUUUAAACAAGUCGUAUAUUAAGUCAUGCAGACGUUAAGGUUAGCAACUUGGGAGGUUACCAGCCUGAACAAAAUACGAUUUAAAGGGUUGUUGAGUGUGCCGAAAAUAAAUAUUUGGUCAAUUUUUUGCAAAUUUGAUUCAUUGGCAUAUUAUCGUUUGAUAUUCGCCUGUGAAUGUAACAGUUUGUUAGUGCGAACAUUAGAAAAAAUACGCAUUCAAAGUUUAACAGUUUUGUAUUUUAUUCGAUGCAAACAGUACAUUUAAAAACUGCACUGAUCAUUUUUUAAAUAAUGCCUUUUUUUCUAAACUUUAUUUAGUCCAUUUUUCAUCCAUUA